AUGCUCACCGCGCUCAUGUACGUGCUCGUCCCGAUGCCGUACCUCUUCUUCGGACCCGGCACCUCGGGCGGAUACGCUGACAUCGGCGGGACCUCGGAAGGGUGGAUGGACGCCGGGAAGUUCCUCACAGGCUGCUCCGCGGUGGCAUCCUUCGCGAUCCCCGCGAUCCUCGCCCACUCAGGUGCGUCGUCCGCGAGCGCCACGCACGCGACACGCCGUGGAACACCGCACGCCCUGCUGCCCGCGCCCUCGCUCCCCGCACCGAGCCACCGCCAGGACCGGGUCGUUCCGCGCAGGCACGAUCACGAUCGGCGCGUGCUGGAUGGAGCUGGUUGCCUCGCUGGUCCUCCUGUUCACGGGAUGUGCGUAUGA